UUCCCCCCCACAACAAUAAAAGGGGUGACGAACACUGCUAAUUUAAGAAAGAUUUCCAAAAAGUCAAUAUUAGCGGCGAAUACUCGCCGUGUUUGCGAGGAAAGAGCCCCGCCGUCAGCCAUGUUGUCGGAUGCAGACUACUGCGGGAAUCCCUCCGGAAAUGCUCGGCGGGCAAGGAAGAGGAGCUCCGGGGAUUCACCGGGGGACGGGCAGACCCUGCGCUCCUCCGGGAGGCAGAGCACCGUGCGCGUGAAGCGCACCAACAACCCUCCACCUGGACAGAGCAAAAGAAAAGCCACAGACACCGAGGAGGAAGACGACCAGUCUGAGAAGAAGUACAGGAAGUGUGAAAAGGCCGGCUGCUCUGCCACGUACCCAGUUUGUUUUGCAAGUGCAUCCGACAGGUGUGCUAAAAACGGAUACACGUCUCGCUGGUACCAUCUAUCAUGCGGUGAGCAUUUUUGCAACGAAUGUUUUGAUCACUACUACAGAAGUCACAAAGAUGGCUACGAGGUCUUUGCUUCCUGGAAGAAGGUGUGGACGAGUAACGGGAAAAGUGAGCCCAGUCUUAAAGCCUUCAUGGCGGAUCAGCAGCUCCCGUUCUGGGUUCAAUGUACUAAACCGGACUGUAGGAAGUGGCGUCAGCUGACCAAGGAGAUCCAACUGACCGCUUCCCUCGCAGCCACGUACCGCUGUGGAAUGAAGUUCAACAACAUCAAGACCGAGGGCCUGGACCAGUGCUCCCAGCCAGAGGACUUGCGGGUGGUCGAGGUGUCCGACAACUGGUGGCAUUCCAUGUUGAUUUUGCCGCCGUUGUUCAAAGACAGUCCCGCCGCCCCGUUCCUCUCCGCCUACUACCCCGACUGCGUGGGGAUGAGUCCGUCGGGCGCCGCCAGCAACCCGUCGCUGUCUGAGCUCAGGGCGGAUCCCUGCCGAGCCGCCAUCCAGCCGCAAAUUCCAGGCAUGUGUCCGUACUUCCAGCCCUUCUACCAGCCCAACGAGUGUGGAAAGGCUCUGUGCGUUCGGCCGGAUAUGAUGGAGCUUGAUGAGCUUUACGAGUUCCCAGAGUUUUCCCGCGACCCCACCAUGUAUUUGGCUUUGCGCAACCUCAUUCUGGCCUCCUGGCACAAGAACUGCAAGGAGGUGCUAACUUGCCAGACGUGUGCCGUGCACAUCAUCGCGCGGGGGUUGGUGCGCGUGCGCUGCGUGCAGGAAAUGGACCGAGUGCUCCACUUCAUGACCAGGAAGGGCCUCAUCAACACUGGCGUGCUGGCAGUGAAGCGGCCCCUGCUCCCCGUCCGAUACGGCGCCAGGAAAGUUAUCGUCGUCGGCGCCGGGGCGUCGGGGCUGGCGGCUGCUCGGCAGCUGCAAAACUUUGGCACUCAGGUGGUGGUGCUGGAGGCGAGGGAGAGGAUCGGAGGCCGCGUGUGGGACGAUGCAUCGCUGGGUGUCACGGUGGGACGAGGAGCUCAAAUAGUCAACGGCUGCGUCAACAACCCCAUCGCCCUCAUGUGUGAGCAGAUGGCCAUCAAGAUGCACAAGCUGGGGGAGCGGUGUGACCUCUUUCAGGAGGGGGGGCAGGUCACCGACACUGCCAUCGACAAGCGCAUGGACUUCCACUUCAACGCCAUACUAGACGUGGUGUCUGAAUGGAGGAAGGACAAGUCACAGGCCCAGGACAAGCCGCUGAGAGAAAAGAUCCAGGAGGUGAAGAAGAACUUCCUUCAGGAGUCCGGAAUCCAGUUCAGCGAGUUGGAGGAGAAGGUGCUUCAGUUUCACCUCAGCAACCUGGAGUACGCCUGUGGAAGCACGUUAGACCAGGUGUCUGCAAGAUCUUGGGACCACAACGAGUUCUUUGCCCAGUUCUCAGGAGACCACACGUUGCUCACCAAGGGCUACUCCGCUUUGCUCCACAAACUGGCCGAGGGCCUCGACAUCCACACAAAGUGCCCGGUUCAGGCGGUUGAGUACUCAGGUGAUGUUGUCAAAGUUACCUCUUCCAACGGGUCGCAGUGGACGGCACAGAAGGUUCUCGUCACCGUCCCAUUGACUUUGCUCCAGAAGAACUUGAUUCAGUUCCACCCGGCUCUUCCUGAACGGAAACUGAAAGCAAUCCACAGUCUAGGAGCCGGCAUCAUAGAGAAGAUUGGUCUCCAGUUCCCGUACCGAUUCUGGGACAACAAAAUCCAAGGGGCCGACUACUUUGGUCACAUACCACCAGGUCCCGACAAGAGGGGCAUGUUCAGUGUCUUCUACGACAUGGAGUCUCAGGGUAAGCAGGCUGUCCUCAUGUCCGUCAUCACUGGGGAAGCUGUGCAUGCCGUCCGGGACAUGGAGGACAAGGAGGUGGUGGACGAGUGCAUGAAGGUGCUGCGGGAGCUCUUCAAAGAGCAGGACGUCCCAGAGCCACUGCAUUUCUUUGUCACGCACUGGAGCAAAGACAAAUGGUCCCAGAUGUCCUACAGCUUUGUGAAGACGGGGGGAAGUGGAGAGGCCUACGACAUCCUCGCUGAAGACGUGCAGGGAAAAGUCUUCUUCGCCGGAGAGGCCACCAACAGACAUUUCCCUCAGACUGUGACGGGGGCCUACCUGAGUGGGGUCAGGGAGGCCAGCAAGAUGGCUGCUAUGUAGACUGUGUCCCCGAGCACUCUAAAACACCAGCACACGCACACGGGUCUCAGCGAGCAGCCGACUGCGUCAACCCACAUCGCUCCACUUGAUGCUACUGUGAUGUUUGGUCAGGUCGAGAAGGGCUUCCCGGGCCGGGCAUUUUUAACACAAGAGGAAUGUUGAAUUUGAGUUUUCUUGUUGCACUUCUGUGAUGGAAAUGGUCAGAAAGUCCUUUUGGGCGAGUAGCGUUGCAUGAAACAUUGGUAAACUUGAGUUUAAUCAUGAAUGAAGUCAAAUUUAAUCUCCCGUGAGAACUUUUCUCAAGGUUAUAAUAGAUUUAAAACAUUCUUUGUUAGUUAGCUACCAAUGAUUUAUACAGAACUAAGGAAUUGAAAUUGUGUGAAACGUAUUUACAGUUGGAGAACUUCUGUAAUAACACUUGUGGUUUAAAAACAGUGAGAAAAUAAAUGUGUUGGACAGCGAGUAUGAUUUGUGUCCCUACCGUCUCAGGGAUGUGAUCAAGACAAUAACCAGCAGAACAUGAUGGUGAACGGACAAUUCAGGAAAAAAAAAGAAUUGUGCAACUGGAGGAGGAAGAGUUUUGAUUAAUGCCGACUAAGCUUUACACCCCGGUCCUCAUGUCCCGUUUGUCCAACACUACAUUGGUGGAGUAUUUAUCUUGUAUGUGUGUAAUAAACGAAGCUAUCAACUGCCA